UCAGAGAGACGUGGGUCGGCUGACACAUCUAGAAACUUGACACCAUAGAACUGGUCAGUGAGUCUUCGCAUUUCAUUCUCAACUCUCACAAAAGGAAGAGGGUCCCUUCGAUCUCCCGGAGAACCCAGAUCUACCAAAAGAGAGAUUCACCCGCCAAGGGAACCAGGACCAUGAGGAUUUUCUCGGUUUUGCUUUGGAUUCUUUUCCCAGGCUGCUGGGCGGUGACGGGCCCCGGGGCAGUGCGCGGCCCCCCGGAUGGGUCGGUGGCGGUGCGGUGCCGGUACCAGGCAGGCUAUGAGCAUUAUCCGAAGUUCUGGUGUCGGGCAGGAGGUUGGUUCUGUUCCGACGGUCACAUCGUUGAGACCGACGGGUCGGAGGUGGAGGUGACGUGGGGCAGAGUCUCCAUCCGAGACAAUCACACCCAGCGCGCGUUCACCGUGACCGUGGAGAACCUGACACUGGCAGACGCCGGCACGUACCACUGCGGGGCGGGGAAGAACUGGAAAGUUGAUCCCACGGCCACUGUGACACUGACCGUCUCCCCCAGGUAA